GUGCUGAAGGCCUCGAGGUCAGGUGUUAGUUUUUUAUUUGGCAUGACCACUGUACUGACUAUGUGUGAGUGUGAUCUGAGUCACAGUGAGUGUACAAAGGAAAGAAAUGAGAACGACGGAAGUGUAGGAUUCAGGAAAGCUGGAGCUGAGACGUUGCCCCGUGUCGCGUGUUCGCUGACUGUUGGGAGUCGCCAUUUGUGGCGGAAGUCACGUGUACGUGUGUGUGUGUCAGCUAGAGUAGCAAUUGCAGUUGUGUGACUCAGUCCUGCGCCAACGCUAGUAUUCCUGUUGCGCAACUGCAAGCAUUCAAACCAGGGUAUUCUUCUUUACGACUCCUAUCCCUGAUCCAAACUCAAACUGUCCAGCCACAAGAUAAGUGCGUGGAGUCUUGACUGCAACCUUCACUCAAAUGGGCACUCAGGAUGCUUCCAGUUUCAACCCGGGUGUCGUGGGCCUCAGCCGCGAUCUGGCUUCGCUGCUGGACGAUCGCGAGACGGGCGAUGUUGUGUUCGUGCUGGGCAGCGACAUGGUCCACGUGCACGCGCACCGUCUGGUGCUGAGCGCUCGCAGCGAGUACUACCGACAGCGCAAGUACGAUUUGUGGAUCAAGCCGUACUCCCCGAUGGCUCCGCUCAGUAUCAAACGGCCGCAGUCCACACCAGCAGUGUUCAAGAACGUCUUGCAUUUCCUCUACACAGGAAUGAUCACGUUGUCGACGGAGAGCGUCUUCGAGAUCCUGCUGACGGCCGAAGAGCUGGGCAUAGCGGAGCUGCUGACGAUGUGCGAGAGGCACCUGAUGGAGAACCUGACCAUCGAGAAUGCGUCACGCUUCUUGGACUCAGCCAUCCAGAUGAAGGCCUCUAUGAAGCCCGAGCGCCGGAACUCUGCCCAGAAAACAGCAGGUCAACAGGCUGGCGCCAAUCCACCGGCACCUUCAGACGGCCGUGCUCUUAUUGACCGCUGCCUGGAGUUUGUCGAAGAGAAUGCAGAGCAAGUGGUCAGGACGGCUGGUUUUUUGGAGUUGUCCAAGAAGGCUAUUGUGCACUUGGUGUGCAGUGACCAGUUUGCCCUCCCCGAGGAUGAAGUGUGGAGGUGCGUGCUGGGCUGGGCCAUGCACCAGGCAGAGGUCACGGUGCCGCCGAAGGAGUGGAACGAAGGGCAAAAGAAGAGUGUUGGUGAGUUCCUGGCAGGAGUUGUGGAUCAUAUCAAGAUCCUGCUGAUCAACAGCAGUGUGUUUGCGGAGGAAGUGGAGCCAACCGGUGCAGUCCCCAUGCAACUGUCACUGGAAAGAUAUCGCUAUGCAGCUGUACCAGCUCACUUUGAUCCGACAACGGACACACGUCUGCAGGCACGCGUCUCCCACCGUCUUUUCCACAGCACCCAGCUACUGACGCAGCAGCGCAUGCGCUACCAGCACUUGAUCAACGACUGGUGCGGGUGCAGUGGGCAACAGUGGCAGUGUUUGUAUCGGGGCACACGUGAUGGCUUCAGCGCCAAGUCCUUCCAUCGCAAGUGCGACAACAAGGGUCCAACGCUAGUAUUAGUCAAGUCCACUGAUAACAGUUUGUUUGGAGGUUAUGCCGAGCAAUCUUGGACUAGCCAGCCGUCCAAGGGUCGCUUUGUCAAGUCGACAAGGUCGUUUCUGUUCACGCUACAGCAGUCGUCUGGCAAAGGACCCAUGCGUUACAACGUCACCAAGACCAACUCUGCGCUGUGGCAUCAUCCAGGCCAUGGUCCUACGUUUGGAUCGGGUUUUGAUCUGCACAUCGCCGCCAACAGUCAACAGAGCACGACCGGAUACUCCAGCUUUCCCCUGUCGUACGGCAAAGUGGACAGCGAGACGGCACUGCUCAGCAGCCUCGCCGGCAAGACCAACUUCACCGUUCAGGAGAUCGAGGUCUUUGCGGCUGUGCUCGAAGAAACCGCUCCGUCACAGAGCGAGCCCGAGUCGACUAACACUGCGUGAUGCACACUUCACUGCUGAUGUUGCCGUCAACGCCAAUACAACAGGCAGCGUUUGAGUAUCGGAGCCAACCAAUGACCUACUUCAUAGAGUUGAGACUGUUGGGAGUCCGAGGUAGAUUGGGAAUGUGCACAUGUAAUAGCAUCUGUACAAUGAGUUGACACCAUUGUGCCAUUGUUCUUGCCAUUGCUAGAGUUAACGCGCACGGCGGUCUUGCUUCUGCAUGCUAGAGCCUCCCAUACGGUGCUGUCUGAGGAUUUUACUCUCCUGCUCCCAGCCCUGAGCCAUCUCCGCACUUAUACAACGGACGCAAUAACUUGGACCGUGAUGUGUACGUUGAUUGACCUGAUAUCUGCAUGCGCGCUUCAUCUCUUCUUUUCUUUCACUUACCAGUGCAUGUGUGUAUCUAGGAGAACAGAUGGUUCUACAAUUGCUAAAUCAUGGCCUGGCUGUGUACAUCCUACAGCAUUGUAUUGACUAGUCACCUCAUGACUGAUCUACAAGCAUGAUGUUACUCAUGUACAACGUACUAGUACUUAGUACAUGAUUGAAACUACGAUUGUAAUACAGUCA